AUGACGAAGUCUACCAAAUCGACGCCGAGCACGUCGACCACCUGCGAGCCUGACACAGACCCAACGACGGAGAGGAGGACGUCGGAGACGAGCUUUACGACGCCGAUAACGUCAGGACGCGUGGCGACGACGCUGUACCCUUAUUCAACAACUACCACGCAGGAUACCUCACUCCCGCAUUGCGGCCAGGCAGCAAUCGUGCUCUUCAAGAAGCCGUUGUACGAAGGAGCCGCCAUGGGGGUCUGUCUCGUACCCACUUCGAAGUGUGUCGACCUGCCGAUGGGUUGGGCCCGAGCCGUUGAGUCGGCGUACGUCUCCGACGUCUCGGCCUGUUACGUGCUCUAUGGCCAGGACAACUGCGAGGGGAGCAGCUUUAAGAUCAACCUCAACGCCGUCCAAGAACGCAAGACCGAGAACUUCUACGACAACAACCUGGCCAGGACGCACGUGUCGAUGCGGGCAGUACCUAUCCAAACCACUGCCCAGCCCCCGACCAUCAAGCCAAACGAUCCUUCGAACGUAGCAUCAUCUGGCACAGGAUCAACAACGACGAAUUCAAGUGUCCCUGUCACGUCGAAAGUACCAGGCAGUCAGAUACCGGAUGAGAAUUGCGUCACCGGAGAGAGCACGAAGCCUACAGCAUCUACGAAAGAGCUCACGGCGAUUCGCCCAUCAGUUUCAGGUGCUAAGUCGACAAUCGGACCCAGCGCGCCUACUGCCAGAGCCAGUAAUGUUCCCGAAGUAUCUGCGACCGAACCCCCGAAGCCGACAACUACAAACGAUUCGAAUGAGGAGUGUACUACAGUUGUUCCGACAAAACCGACUACCUCGUCAUCAGGAUCGACAACAAUUUCUCCUCCCAGUACCCCACCAGUGAAGACGACAGGAUCUCCCAACUCUCCUACAACGACUCCACCUUUACUAACGACCGGACAAAGUACUUCCAAGCACCCGGAUGACGAAAAUUGCGUCACUGGAGCGACCAGAGAACCUACCAAACCUACGGCGAGUGUACCGACGAUUGCACCACCUAUCACAACCCUGACUACGGGCUCUCCGAAGCCUACCGGUUCAUCACCAUCCGUGCUCCCGACCGGUCUUACGCUCACUGGUAGUACUUCCAACCCGGACGAUGAGUGCGUCACUGGCGCAACGAUACAGCCUACCGAAUCUGCGGCGAGUGUUCCGACUAUUCAGUCACCUACUCCGACAAUCACUACAGGUUCUACGAAGACUCCUACCGGUCCGACGCCACCUGUAGACAGGACAGGACAUACCGUCCCAGCCAGCACUUCUAAGGAUCCGAAUGACAGUUGCAACACCGGCGCCACGACGAAACCUACCGAACCUACAGCUAGUGUUCCGACCAUUGAACCACCUAUUUCGACACGAAGUACAGGAUCUACAAGUCUUCCGACCGGCUCGUCAACACCAGCACACACGACAGGAUCCACAACCUUAACUAGUACGUCUAAGGAUCCGGUUGACAGUUGCGUCACUGGAGCCACGACAAAACCGACGAAACCUACAGCUGGUGUUCCGACUAUUGAGCCACCUACACCUGAACCCGAGACGUCGCAAACACCACCUCAAAGCUCGACGAAUUCGCCACGGCCUGGAACAGCACCUACAUCAUCAGCAACCAUAACGGGCUCGUACCCACCUAUGUCAACAACCGAACCGCGACCAGUAACUCUAACGAGUAAUGAUCCCGAUCAGAAUUGCGUCACUGGCCCGGCAACGAACCCCAGUCUCUCCACUUCAGGAGAGCCAACCGUUGACCCGCCCACCAGGACAACUGGCACUCCCAACCUUACUACCGAUACGUCAACACCCGGGCUCACAACCUCGGCCAGCACUGCGAAGGACCCGGAUGAUAAUUGCAACACUGGAAUCACGGCCAAGCCUACCAAACCUACAGCCAGUGUUCCGACUAUUGCGACACCAACCCCAACACUGACUGCGAGCUCUCCCGACCCUGCGACAGGUUCGUCAGCACCAGGACUCACCACGGGACCCGCGACCUCAGCCAGCACCUCUAAGGACCCGGAUGACAGUUGCAACACGGGAACCACCGCUCAACCUACGGAACCCACAGCCAGUGCUCCAACGAUUGCGACACCUUCCUCGACACUGACUACAGGAUCUUCCAGCGUUCCUACCGGCUCUACCCCAUCUGUUACCCCGAAUAGCCCGAGUACAGGCACAGAUGUUAAUUCCACCUUCACCUGCACCCGGGACGUCGCCAACACCACCUCAAAGCUCGACGAAUUCACCAGGGCCUGGAACAGCACCUGCAUCAUCAGCAACCCCCACGGGCUCGUAUGCACCUGGGUCAACAACUCUGACGACUAU